AUGGAAUGUUCUUUUGAUUCAAUUGGAUUCGAAUUAACUAAAAAUAAUUUUAAAAAAGAAAAUAUCGAGAAAACUCUUAAAGAAUUAUGCGAAGAUUUUGACGUUUGUAUAGUCAAAAUAGAUGCAUCAAAUUUUACAACUACGAUUAAAGAUAAAAUUCGCCCCGAAGAAGAAGAGCAACACUUAAAAGCUGAUCAAGAAGAUUUAAAUAAAUAUUUUGGACAAAUAUUUGGAGUUGAUGACAAAGACAAAGAAGAAAUGAUUUUAAAAAUCAAUAAAAUCAGUAUAAUGAAAAGUACGAUGGAAAAACUUUUGGACAAGCAAAUGGAAAAUGAAUAUAACCAAAAAAAAUAUCAAUCGAAAAUUGAUGAAAUUUUUCAAGCACAUCAAUUAAUGUUCUCUGAUUACAUAAAAAUUGACAAGGAACCACGUAAGGAUGGGACUGUGACUAAAUGG